GCAAAGGUAUUUCUCCUAUCGCCCCCUCUCUUCUGGCUUUUAUUCAAAUUUGGGUCAGGGGUGAGAGUUUCAACGUCACAAGCUUGCAAGAUGGCGCUGGGAAGGCUGUGAGAUGAGAAAACAGGAUGGCUAUUUGAAGACCUUCUUUCGAUGUAUUAAGGUUGUGUAGGAGCAGAGAAAGAAGCUGGAAAUGGAAUUGCCAAAUCAUGCCAAACAAUUGCUGCUGCAACUGAACCAACAACGAGCCAAAGGUUAUCUGUGUGAUGUGAUCAUAGUGGUAGAAAAUGCCCUCUUCCGGGCCCACAAGAACAUCUUGGCAGCCAGCAGUAUCUACUUCAAGUCCCUCAUCCUCCACGACAACUUGAUAAAUCUGGAUACAGACAUGGUCAACCCGUCUGUGUUUCGGCAGGUACUAGACUUCAUUUACACCGGCAAGCUUUUGUCCUCAGAUCAGGUCAGUGACCACAAUUUCAGUGCCCUCCUAACGGCAGCAAGCUACCUCCAACUUCACGACCUGGCUGCUCUGUGCAGGAAAAAGCUCAAGCGCAGUGGAAGGUCCCUCCUCACCAAGCCUACCACGCCCACCAAUGGACGAACCUCCCGCAACCAAAGGCUCUCCUCCACCCCUGUCACUCAGAUGCUAAUAUCAGGGUUAAAAGACAGUGACAAGCCCAAGCGACGCGAGGAGCUACUGAAAGAAGAGUUGUCCGAGGACGAGAUGUUCAUCGGGUCCACGGCCAACUCCCUCAGCCCUUCCACCAGUAAGAACGGAAGCAACGGCACCACUACCAGCAACAACAAUAAUAUCAGCAGCAACAGUGGAGGCAUCCAGGAGCUGGGCCUGGACCUGUCCAAGAAGAGCCCGUCUGGGAGUACAGCCACUGAAGAAGUCAGCCCCAGCAGCAUCCCCCAAGAAUCACCUCAAUCUGCCUCAGAAUCCACAGCCAACAGUGCCUCAUUUGAAGAGAACCCCACCAACCCUCAGAUGGUUGGUGGAGAACCCAUGAUCCUCGGAGAUGCAGGAGGAGGGGGCGAGGAAUCCCAGCCGCCCCCCGACGUAGACCCACACAGCAAGAACCCGCCCCGCCCCACGGCCAGGAGUCGACAGCGGCCCAAAGGUGAAGCCAAUAAAGCAGACGACUCCGAGCGAGCUGCGCUGCCCAAUGGCGUGGCCAAGAGGUUGAACGUCAACAAGAGCUCAGACGGUACCUUCCAGUGCAAGGAGGAGGAUGAGGGCAUGGAGAAUGGCCAGGAGCAGAGCGAGGAGAGCGGGAACAGUGAGAGCGAGGGCGGCCGCAACAGCGCCAACUACGUCUACCGGCAGGAGGGCUUCGAGCCGGCCCUCGGAGACAACCUGUACGUCUGCAUCCCCUGCGGCAAGGGCUUCCCCAGCUCGGAGGAGCUGAACGCCCACGUGGAGACGCACACGGAGGAGGAGCUGUACAUCAAAGAGGAGGAAGAGGAGGAUGUUUUCCCGAAGGAGGAGGAGGCAGAGGCCGAAGACCUUUCGUCCCAGGCGUCGCUGGUCAACAGCGGCGGGGAGGCCCGCCGCUUCAGCUGCUCGGUGUGCAGCCGGAGCUACAAGGAUCCCGCCACGCUCCGCCAGCACGAGAAGACCCACUGGCUCACCCGGCCCUUCCCCUGCAACAUCUGUGGCAAAAUGUUCACACAGCGCGGCACCAUGACCCGCCACAUGCGCAGCCACCUGGGCCUCAAGCCGUUCGCCUGCGAGGAGUGCGGCAUGCGCUUCACCCGCCAGUACCGGCUGACGGAGCACAUGCGCGUGCACUCGGGCGAGAAGCCAUAUGAAUGUCAGUUGUGCGGCGGCAAGUUCACGCAGCAACGCAACCUCAUCAGCCACCUCCGAAUGCACACUUCCCCAUCAUAAGCCAAAGACAGACAGCCAGGAGACCCUCUUUCCACAACAAUAAGCGCGUGUCAUGUCAAAAAAGGAAGCGCACACCCCUACUUCUUCAAAAGUAGGCGUAGAAUUUGCUUUUGUUUGUGGCGCGAGAGAAAGAGAGAGGAUAGGUGAGUGUUUCUCCUGCCUUCCAAAAUGGGAGAAGUGGUCAAUUUAAGGAAGUUCCAACCAAGGAAAAAAAGCAUCAUUAUCUCUUCAAAAAAAAUCGGUAUGAUUUUAACAUCCUUUGACUUUACUACAUGCUGUGAAUGUAUGGUUGGGGUACUUAUGCUGUUUUUGUGGCUUCAUAGGACAACCAGACCACUACAAACCCGAUGCAGUCUGUGUUUGGCAGUAUGCCUUCAUUUCUGUGAUGUGUGUCUCGUGUCCAUUUGGUCGGGGGGGGGGGUUUAUGUUGGUAUCCCAAACAUACACACUUUUUAUUUCCUGAUCACAAUCCUGCUGUGGAGCAUUGGCUUUGGAAAGGAGAAUCCUAAAGUCAGUUAAGGAAAUCCUUGAGACAAAUAAGUAUAUUGUGACCAUAAGAUUAUUUUAAACAUAUAUUUUAAAUUCAGAGGAAGAUUUAAAAAAAAAAAAAAAAAAAAAAUAACUUUCCCUUACUAUGGCAAUUAAGUGUUUCCAAGGGUCUCAAAGAUAGUGUUGUCAGACAUACCAAAACUAGGAACUGUCUGAAAUCAUUACUGUGGUGUUUCAUGAAAGCUUUGUGCAUCCAACCAAACAUUUCCUAUGAUUUCUGCUCAAUACCACUUGUCCAUAAAGACACUUCUGGAUGUGCCUGGAACAGUUUUCGUGAUGGGUUUCAAACCAAUUGUCCGCAAAGUGAAUUUGCAACAUCGCCAGCCAUCUCCUAUGACGGGUGUUUUUUUUUUUUCCCCAGCUUAGUCUGUUUUCUCUUCCUGAACCAAAUAUCUCUGUCUUUGGAUCAGCCUUUUAAGUUUGUAUGAUCUGUACUAUCAGUUCUGAAAGUUGGUUUCACCAUAUGAACAGAGGACCUCUAUAAAACAUUUUUUUUUUUAAAAACACCCUCCAUUUUGAGAUCCUGGUCGUGAUUAGCAUACUUAAGCACUUUUGGUUUGAAACCCCUGUCCCUCGAGGGCCCUCCCAGUGUGCCGUGGGGGAGAGUAAUUAUAAACCCAUACACGCAUCAAUCCACAGCUCGGUUACACCUGGACAGUCUUGUGGGUCCGUGGUAUGAGAAAUCAUUUGGAAUCUUUUUAAGCUGUGUCGUUUACUCAUAGUAUAUAGGGGUUUACUCUCAAAGAAAAAGCCAAACAAAAUGGUACUUGUUUUAGAUAACUUAUUGUUAUGCUUCUGUGAAUGUUUAAACUGGAAGUUCUUUUGAUAUUUCCUUUGGGGAUCAGUAACGGGGUUGGCUUGGGUGAUGGGUCGGGUGGGGACUCUUUAGUGAAUGUUGAGCUUCAGAUUCUGUUGGUACUGUUGUGUUUUUACAGUUUUGUUUUUCCCUCACUGAAAAAAAAAAAACGACAGGUCUAUUUGAAUAGUCCUGUCACAUUGCUACCUCUUAAUUCUUCUUAAGAACAAUACAUUCAUUAAUGGAAAUAUGGGGAUUCCUGACAUAUAAAUGUAUAAAAAGUUUGCUGAGGCUUUUGAAAUGUUUGUAACCUGCCCAUCUCUCAACAAAGGUUUUAAUGCUACAUUUACAAAGUUUUAAACCUAUUAUAGUAGAAAAUAGCUUCUUGGACGCAUGUAUUUAAGGUAUUGUAAUUUUCUUGCCUAGCGCAAAUGAUGAUAAAAAUGUAAAGUUUAUGUAAGUGAAAUCCAAAGAGAAGGUAUUGUCAUGGAGAAAUGGCUACAAACAAAACUUUCCUGUAGAAGUUCACAACCAAAGUGUUUCAAUAUUGGAAAUCAACACUGCAGCUGGUGAAAGAUGAUCUCUCCCAAGUUUAUAUAUUUUUCCGUAGUUCUUGAGAGUGCAACAUAGUGAAAGAAUUAUGUUUAGUCUUUGGCAUUGUACUAAAACCAAUGAUCACUUGUGUUAAACUUCUGCUGAUCGGUGGGCCGGUGGCUUUGCCUUUGAAGUUUACAGUAGUCUCUCAACAGUGUCUUUCUGUCUCCAUGUCCUUACUUCGUCUUCAGGAGGACUUUUUGUUGAAGAACUUCAGAAGGACUAAUUUAUUUUAGUUCAGACCAAAAAUGAGAAGAAAAAAAACUGAAAAAAAAAACUGAGUAGGACAUUUGUUAGGUUUGUGUGUUACAUGUUGACCAUACUUUUGGAAGAUCAUUGAGGGAGGAAUGGAUGCACUGGAUUGAUAUAUUUUUUUUUUUUCUGUCAUGUUUUCUUUUAGUAUCAAUAGAAAUUGUCUCAGGCUAAACUUUUGCCCACUUGAGUGGCAUCGUACCACAAGUAUCACUGUUGACCAAUGUUGUGUGAAAAAGGAUUGCAUGGUUUUAGAAUGUUUUAAUUAUACAAAAGAUUCAGUUCUCUGAGGUUACUGACACUAGGGUUAAUGUUACGUAAUCCAGAUUGUCAAAGCAACACUGGUGCAUGUAAACUUCUGCUGAAUUCCUCGAUGCCAUUUAUUGCAAAUGUUUUAGACAGAUCCUCAAAACUCUAAAGGCCAAUUCCAGUGUAUCGCAUUCCGUGUGUAAAUCUUCGCCUUCUCAAUGCAACUCCCGUCAGCAUUCCGUUUUUGGGUUUGUUUUUUUUGUUAUGGUUCUUUCUCUUCCAACACAAGGGGUUUUACUGUUGAUGACCAUAGGAUGCAGCUAUAGUCACGUUGAACUGUGGAGCACUGUUAACAGGCAACUUUGUCCUGGAAUUGUAGUCCCGCCCCUCCUUUCUCGGCCCGGUCCGCCAAAGUCUGUUCAUCAACUGCGUUCUUUUAUCUCAGACGUUCCACAGCCAAGGUUUGGUAACGCUUUCUGUGUUUGGGACCAUAGAGGUUUUUCCACCAUCUAGCGAAGACGGGAAUGAGCCCAGGUCAUGCUCCCAAAGCCUGGUGUGGUCUCUGUUCCCACUUCCUCCCCCUUUUUUACUAGUGUCAGGGGGGAAACAUGGUAGAUCAUCUCACAUGAUAGGCUGGUGGGCUUGUCAUUAAUGGAGCCCACUGAAGUUUAUUACCAACCGUGCUGGGCCGAGAGCCGCAGCCACACACCAGUACUUUACAAAGUCGUUAUCUUUGCUGGUGAUUUCAGCGUCAUCCAUAAAUGUUUGUAAUGGUGAUCUCGGACAAAGAAUGGCAACAAAAAAAAUAAUAAUUAUCUCAGUUCACCCACGUUUGUCUGUAGAGCGGGUUGCCAUAAACCUACUUAACUCCUCAGCUCAGGGAGACUCUUAUUUUUUUUCUUUUUUUUUCUCCUUGUCAUCCAUCGUUACCAUGGAGGAUUCCAGGAGAAAGUUGCUGUUGAUCUCUUGCGUACCUGUCAGCACUUAAUCAGUUUUUAACAUCAAUGUCUAAGAGAAGUGUUGGGUGGCAAGAAUUGAUUUUCUUGAUGUAGGCAUUCAGAUUAUAGCUGGGGGAACUAUAGAAAGAGAGCAGGGGGGAGGGGGGAAAGACGACAAAGUUUCAAACUGUGACAAUAAUAUUUCUACUUCAAGACUUCAGGGAUGGUUCUGCAGCUUUUAAAUGUGGAACUUUCAACUACAUUUGUAAGACUGUGUCAAUACUGUGUCAAUUUCUGUAUUUUAAUGAUGAAAAGCAAAACACUAGUUUCCUAUUAAAAGAAAAAUAGAUUUUAAGAGAGUGUGUCCCAUUUCAAACAGCGCCUUGAAAAAAAGGUAGGGAGUGUUCAUGAGAAAUUACUUUAACCUUCGAAUGUUUUAGAACAAAAAAAUAGUAGUAAGCAUAAAUUGUAUAAACAACAAAGAUUUAAAAAAAAGGAAAAAAAAAAGAAAAAAAAGAA